ACCUCAGCCACAGUUUUGACUCUCUUCCUUUGAUACAGGCUCUCUUCUUCUGGGGACCCAACUCUAGGAUAUCUUGUAUCAUGACCUACUAUUUACCUUAUGAAGAUAACAUGAAGAGGAAAAACAUGUCUAGCACACCACAGUAUGAAACCGGUGCUGUUGAUUUGAUUACACAAGCACCUGGAAUUGAAAGAAAGAGAAAGAGAAAGGAAUCUAAUACCAUUGACCAGAACGUUGAGCGACAAAAGCAGCAAACUGCCGAAAAUUCUGAGAGCUUGGACAAAUGCAUUACACAAGAAGCUGGAUCUCGAAAAAAACGAAAGAGAGAAAAAUCUAAUAUUACUGGCAAGAGGGGGAAGCUUAGAAAGAAGCAACCUGGUGGAGUUGUAAAUGGCAUUGAAAAAAGUGUUGAGUCCACUGAUCAUAUCUCACAAUUGCCUGAAUCUGUCAUUCAUCACAUCCUUUCUCUCAUUCGUUGUACAAAAGGUGCUGCUCGGACCAGUGUGUUGUCCAAGAGGUGGAGGGAUGUAUGGACUUCUUUCUCUGUUUUGACAUUUGAUCAACGCAAGUUUCAGAAACCAGAGGGAGUCCAAGAUAAGAGCAAGAAUGAGAUGUUUAAGGACUUUAUUGAUCGGUCUCUUCAGAGCCAACUUGAGCAAAAUUUAGGAAUACGUAAAUUUGAGCUACAUUUGACCUCCUAUGAUCAAGAAAUGGCGCGUGGUAUGGAACAGUGGGUUGGACUUGCAACUGAAAAUAACAUCAAAGAGCUAGGUCUCCAUGUUCACACAAGAGGAAAUAAUGUUCACAAUUUUCCCAGGAAUGCGUUUGCUUCAGAUACACUAACUCGAUUAAGGCUGCAGAGCUGUAAACUGGAAACUAGCUGCGCUGUAAAGCUUCCCCAUCUGCAAAAGCUAUAUUUGCGUGAUUGUAAUGUUGAUGAACAGAGAAUCCAGCAUAUUAUUUCCAGCUGCCCUUUAAUUGAGGAUUUGAGACUCAUACGUUGCACGGGGUUGAAGUUUCUGCAGAUUUCAAGUCUCCUUGAGCUUGAUAGGGUUGAAGUAUACCACUGCCGCGGACUGAAGAAGAUUGAAGUUAAAGCUGCAAAGCUUCAGACAUUUUGGUAUUGUGGGAAGAAUCGCACGUCUUGCAAACUUAUCUUGAGUGGUUGUGAGUCUCUGAAAAGAUUGACACUAGAGGACAAAAAAAUGACAGACAAUCAGUUUCGUGAACUAUUCUUUGGCCUUCCUCUCCUCGAGAAGCUGGACCUAAGUAAAUGCCUCAAAUUGAAAAAUAUUACAAUUGCAAGUCAUCGACUAAACAGAUUAGUCUUGAGGGGUUGCGAGAAUCUACAGGGAGCCGAGAUUGAUACUCCAAAUCUUCUUUCAUUCGAGUAUCAAGGUGAUAAAAUGCCCUUUUCUUUUCUGAAUCCUAUAUCUUUGAAGGAGGCCAAGCUUUCUUUUGGGUCGGCUUCUGCUGGUCAGCUCAAAUUCGAUCACAAUAAAGAUGAGCCUUUUUGGUUUAAAAAGUUGCGGGAUUUUCUUGGCAAGUUUGAUCACAAUACAGGCUUCAAACUGGUUGUCCGCACUAAUAAGAAUGUUAUCAUCUAUGAAGAUCUAAGAGGAAUUUCACUUCCUCCUGUUCGUGGUCUCAAACUUGAAAUAAUCCAGUCUUCCGUGGGUACUGAAGAAUUAUUAAACAGUUCAUUGCAGAAAUGGCACCCAGAGACCCUAUCUGUAGUAUCAUCUUCUAGCAGUGAAUUCCCCAAGUUGGUACAUGAGAAGAUCAUGGAGAGUAAGAAGGAUCCAACCUGCUGCACAUCUAACCAUUCAAACAAUAAAUGUUGGCGGCACUCUUUGAAGUUUGGCAAGAAAGUGAACUUGAAGCGGGCCAAAGGCAAGUCGGGCUGGAUUGCUUGGUUGAAGUUGAAGUCUUGUCCAACUGACCUGUACGAGAUUACUUGUUUUAGUUUAUUAAAUAAAAAAUCUGAUAAGCAUGGUAGGAAGGCAUCUUCUUAAGUAAUCUUGAGGUUCUUUGAAUCAAGUCGUUCUCAGGAUUUUCUUUUUCUUUUUUACCUGCAGUGGAUAUUUUUGGAAUUGUAAUUUCGUUUUCUCCAAAAUUCUUUGAAUUGUAUUCUUGGUGAAUUCAUUUAUGAGAUUUUGUUUAGCUUUGUUCCUUUUUCA